UGUGAAUAAGACGAGUUCGUCAAAUCAACGUGAACGCAUCUAAAGAUCAACGUGUGCACACAGAAAUGUGAUGAACAUAAAAACAAUCGUUAAUUACCUUUCUCAUUGCAAGUAAAAACAAAUUGCGUCACUUGUUGGGUUAAUGGGGCAGGUCUUUGAAGUCUUGAAGUCGGCGUGCCGGUGACGUCACAGGUCUGUGACGGCUCGUGAAUAAUCUGCCAGCAGGGGAGAAACAGUUGGAGUACUGUAUCUCCGGGAGUCGCAGAAAUAAGGCAACGGAAAGAAGAGUCAUUUUAUUUAUUUAUUUAGAAACGUCCAACAACGACAGUCAGAGCUGACAUUCAUGGGGGCUUCCCUUAGCCUGGUGCAAUGUCUGUGUAGGAAUUCCACAGUGACCAGAAUGAUGUACGCUUGGAUCGUGCUGCUUGGGACCAUCGUAUCCUGCAUCAUGCUGUCACCAGGGGCGGAUAAGCUGCUUAGACGGAUACCGGGCUUCUGUGCAGAUGGGGCCGGCUCACCUCUACCUGGCAUACAAGCUGAUUUCAACUGUGAAAAUUUAAUUGGGUACAAGGCAGUUUACCGUGUUUGCUUUGGAAUGAGUAUGUGGUUCAUUUGGUUUUCCAUUCUGAUGGUUAACGUAAAGAGCAACAGAGACCCCCGUGCUGCAAUCCACAAUGGAUUUUGGUUCUUUAAAAUUCUUGGCCUGUUGCUAGUUACAGCUGGUUCCUUUUACAUCCCAGAUGGUAACUUUACAUAUGCUUGUUUUGUUGUGGGCUCUGCUGGAGGAUUUUUCUUCAUUCUGAUCCAAGUCGUCCUGCUGGUUGACUUUGCCCACUCAUGGAAUGAGUCCUGGAUGGACAAAAUGGAGAAAAAUAACUCAAUGGUCUGGUUUGCAGCUUUGGUGUUGGUCACAAUCAUGAACUACCUCCUAUCAUUCAUUGCUAUCGUACUGUUCUACAUCUUCUACACUAAACCUGAUGCUUGCUCCAUCAACAAGUUCUUCAUCAGCUUCAACGUGUUGCUUUGCUUUGGAGCCUCUCUCAUCUCUGUGCUGCGUAAAGUACAGGAGUAUCAGCCUUACUCUGGACUGCUUCAAUCCUCCAUCAUCACCCUCUACACCACAUUUCUAACCUGGUCUGCCAUGAGUAAUGAGCCAGACCGAACAUGUAACCCAGGCCUGAUGAGUAUUGUCCAACAGAUAGCAGCGCCCACACUGGCUCCUCUUGAGGUCGAAAACCAGACUGCUGUGGUGGUGAUAAAUGACACCGAGGAACCCAUUUCCUCAACGCCUUACCUACAGUGGUGGGAUGCGCAGAGCAUUGUGGGGCUCUCUUUGUUUGUCUUAUGCAUCAUCUACUCCAGCCUUCGCUCAUCCAGUGCCAGCCAGAUGAGCAAACUGACCAUGGCCUCAAACGAUUCGGACAUUCUGGCUGCGGGUGGUAGUCAGGAAUCAUUGGGGGAGGAGAAACGGGUGACGGACAGCGACCUGAUCCAUUACAGCUACUCGUUUUUUCAUUUCAUGCUCUUCCUGGCGUCUCUUUACAUCAUGAUGACCCUCACAAACUGGUACAGUCCAAAUGCAGACUACACCAUAACCAGAAAAUGGCCAACCGUGUGGGUGAAGAUCACCUCCAGCUGGUUGUGUCUGGCCUUAUACAUCUGGACCUUGGUGGCUCCCAUGAUUCUCACCAACAGAGACUUCAACUAAUUUCCGGAGUGGACAUUGCUUCACAAAACUCCUGCAUCUCCCUUGUUCUAUCAGUCAUGUUGUGAAGUUUAUUCCUUUUAAUUGACGUCUGUUUUUUUUUUUUUAAUGGAACGGAAAUUGAAGAUCCACAAUGAGGUAAAUUAGUUUCAACUCAUUACAAGACAUAUUUUAAGAUUACAAUAAUUUUGUUGCUUUUAUGUUAAAUACCACUGAAAUAUUCUCCUUUGAUUAGGUUAGUCUACUAUGUCUCUCCAAUGCCUUACAAUUGUUCAGUCUUAUUUGUACAUAAUAAAAAAAAUACUUUUU